AUGGAGACCAAACUGAUUGCGUUAACAUCAAUUAAGCGUAUAACCCAGGGCGGGGCGACGUACGAGUGGGGGUGGAAACUGCAGCCGGGAGACGCCGGCACGGUCGGCCAUUACUAUGUCAAACUGCCACAGUCAGAACAGCGCGUCAAGUACACAGCCGACGACACCGGCUACCACGGAGCGUUAGCUGUGAACUCUUCAGUGUACACUGCCAAGUUCGCUCUGGGAGAGAAGGCGUUGCAACUCGAUUCUCAAGAGGAAACUCCAAGUUAUCAAAACGUUCCAGAGCAGAACUUGGCUCCGCCUAACGGAAAUGCACUCAGCACUCCGCAGUCACCAGUAGAAAUAUACCUUCUACAGCAGCAAUAUCCACAACAAGACCAAUUCCAAAUCCUACCUACUACUGCUCCAGUACAAUACACGCCCGUACCAUACAACUUCUUUACAACACCCUUGUACACUAUACAAACGCAACAUCCUGUCACUAAAGACUCCAAAAAUAAAGGCUCUGAGCCUCUUAAACAAGAGGAACCGAAUGAGCAAACGAGCUACUCAGACUCAGUCGUAACAGUUUUCAAAGAUCACAACUGCACAAACGAAGAUCAUGUUGAUGAUCAAAAGAAAACUAUUUUAGUCGCGGAAACACCAAAUUAUGAUGUUCAAAAUAUAAACGGCAAUUUUGGUGCUAAAGACCAGACUGAACGACCUUUAAGUUAUAAAGGAGCUGUGCAUUUUAGAGUAGAGUCGCCAAGAGAAAACGCUAGAAGUGAAAGAUAUUAUUUCACUACUGUCGCUACUCCUACAAUAACAGAAAACUCCAUUGAAUCUCAAGACGAUGGUAUUUCCAAACUUGUAGCAUCUACGCAAGAUUUGAUAUCAAAUGACGACUUAUUAAGAAUCAACCAUGCAGCUGAAAAACAGGCUAAUAUACAAAAUGAUGACUUGAUCAAACCCAGAUUCAAUCUCCAAUCUGAGCAAUCUAGAUACUAUAAUACUGAUGGUAACAGAAUUACAGUACAGGCAAAAAUAGAAAAUAUACUAAAAAGCGAUGUGGAACAUGCUGAAAAUGAUGAAUCCAAGGAAAGGAUUUUACAAACUAGUUCAAACGAGUACAAAUUUGCUUCACCUAUAGUUGUGCAAGAUAACUAUGAUAAAGAUAACGUAGUUAACAAUAUCGUAUCAACAGUGGCACCGUAUUUACAAGAUGGUUAUGAAGUUAUGAGUGUAAGAAAAAGUAAUACAGAACAAGAAACUGAGAGAAAUACCAGCGGAGAGACCGUCGAAGUUACUCCAAGGCCAAUCGGUCCAAAAUAUCUAGCACCUAUAACUGUUGCUCUGCGUUUACUUAAUGCCAACGAUACAGAUUACAAUUCAUUGGAAGAUUUUGCAGGUUCUGAUAGUGAAAUUAUCGAAGAAACUAUUGAAAGUCCGAGAAAAGAGAAGACGAUAGUCGAGGUUCAACAAUCUAUUCCCGUGUCCAUUACACACAUUAAUGAUGUUGAAGUUCAUGAAUAUUUAGAAGAAGGAAGAAGCAAUAAUAAGGGCUCUUUAGAUUCAGCGGAGUAUUACAACAAAUAUAUGGAAGCUUUGCCUUCUUCAAAAACGCUUCAGAACAAUUUGAAUGAAAUACUUUACAGAAUGGGACUGAAAAAACGAAAAAAUAAUGAGAAGGGCGAUAGAAAUGACGAAUCUAAAGACAACUUGGAAUCCAGUGAAAACGUACGGAGUGAAGUUGAAGUAAAACCGGAUGGAAGCAGCAACCAGAGAAGCGAAUUAGUGCAUUAUUAUAAUGAAUACGGACAAGGUAAUGAGAAGGUUAUUCAACCGAUUAUAAUAGAAAAAGAAGUUCCAGUUACUCAAUAUGUAGAUAGAUUUAUAGAGAAGAAAGUCCCUUAUCCAGAACAAGUUCAAGUUAUCAAGGAAGUGGACAGACCAGUGCCUGUUCCGGUACCGUAUGAGAAAAUUGUAGAAAAACCAAUUGAGGUUACAAAGUAUGUUGAUAAACCCUAUCCUGUAGGAGUUUUACAGCCUUUCCCAGUUCACAUUAGAGUUCCAUUUCCGAUCGAACAAAAGAUUUUCAUAGACCGACCGAUCCAUAUACCAUUUCCAGUGGAGAAACUUAUUGAAAAGCAAAUAAUUCAUCAAGUGCCUGUUCCAACUCCCGUAGGUAUACCUAUCGAAGUUCCAGUCGAACAGAAAGUGCUAUAUCCUAUACCUAUUGAAACGCCUAUACCUGUUCCAGUAGAAAAACCAGUUCACAUUGAAAAGGUUAUUCAUAAACAGGUCCCUGUGCCUUAUCCGGUUGAAACUAAAGUGCCUUACCCCGUCGCGGUUGAGACAAAAGUACCAGUUCCGUAUCCAGUGGAAAAAGCAAUCCCUGUCCCUGUGGAGAAGAUCGUUGAAAAACCAGUGACUGUCACGCAAGUUGUCGAAAAACCUGUUCAUAUUCAAGUGCCUGUUCCACAUCCAGUACCAAUAGAAGUGAGAGUGCCACAACCUUAUCCAGUCGACAGAAUUGUUGAAAAGAAGGUUCCGUACCCAGUGCCUUACGACAGAAUAGUCGAGAAGAAAGUCAAUGUACCGUACCCCGUUGAAACUGUGGUCGAAAAGAUAGUUGAAAAACCUGUAGUUGUUACUAAGUAUGUAGAUAAACCUUAUCCGGUUGAAAAGAGGGUACCAUAUCCUGUUGAAAAAAUUGUAGAGAAAAAAGUACCUUACCCUGUUGAAGUCCCCAUAGAAGUCAGGGUACCUUAUCCAGUGGAGAAAUUUGUUGAAAAACAUGUACCAAUAAAAGUGCCAUAUCAUUACUUGAAAUCUGAAAAGGCAUUGUACAAUUACGGUAACGCAUACGGGCACGCAGAGCAAUCGCAAAAUGUUCCGCAAUUCGUCAAAUACUUUGAGAAACCAAACAUGAAACUACAGGAACAAAAGCAGAAGGAACAACAACUGCAGAAUCAACAGUUGCAACAGCAAAAACAACAAGAAAUAAACCAACAACAUCAGCAAGAAAUAAAUCAACAGAUAAACAACCAACAGAUGCAACAACAAAUACAGAAACAGGAGAAUUUGCUACAACAAUACAGAAAUUUGAAAUUUUUACCACAGUUGAUACAAUCACAGCAGUGGGGCAAGCAGUACGCGUCAUCAUAUCAGUACAUUAACAGCACGCCUAAAUUCGAAACGCAACAGUUCAAACAAACCCCAGCUUUGAACAAUUAUUUAUCUUACUUAACGAACAAUCCCAAUCCAUUUUAUUAUUACGGACCACCGCCUACAAAACAUUAUGAGCAAUUGUGGGAGAAAAAUCAAAAUCAUGACCCUAAAUUGCGAAGGACUGAUAGAACUUUGGUGACUAAUUUACGAAUCGAAUAUGGAUUCAAACCGCCUCUGAUUCCAAGUAUAGAAGUUGAUUUAGAUGGGAUACCAAUAAAGAGGGACAAAUGA